AACUCAUUUGGUACGCGUUCACGCAGCACGUGCAACCACUAACGUUCGCGAUUCUCGCAGUGACCGUUGUGCGCGCAGCGUCUCUGGCUUCUCUCUCUUACACUUUGGACACGCACACUCCAUCGACGUAUACAUUACUCACAAGAAUCUGCUAAUAUCAAACCGAUCGCCAUGGCAGAGGAAUAUCUAUACGGAAUCACUCUCGAGGGUGCAAACUCUAGCGAAGUAUGGGACCCAGAGCACAAGAACGACGACGCGGAAGGAGCCAACCAGCAUUUUGGUGUCGACCAGAAGCUCAUCAUCAAAAUGGCACUUCUGGGUCCGGAGGCUAAACCUGGUGAGCUCAAUGUGCUUCAGGUAGAAGCUAUGGGACUCAAAGGCCCCAUCAAAACUCCAAUUGCUUUACUGGAGAUGGGAAAAACGGCGCAAAUCAUUCUUGAUCUUAGCUUUCCCGACCCCCCUGUUACCUUCACCUUGGUCAAAGGAAGUGGACCAGUUCACAUAGUAGGACACAAUCUCCUUGGCACACACAUGGAGGAGUUUGACGAUAUGGACGAUGAGAUGGAAGAGGAAAACCUCGACGACGAGGACGACGAAAAGGCACCGCAAAAGAAACGCAAACAUUCUGCAGAGGGUAAAAAAAAUGGUACCAAACGCGCCAAGAUGGACGAGGCCGACCCAGAGGACGAAGAUGACGAAGACGAUGAACCUAAGAAGAAAAACGCCAAACUGACAAUUGCGGCCAAAAACAAAAAUCAGGCCAUCAAGAACAAGAAAAAAUAAGCGUGAGCCUUAAGCAAGAAAAAAAGCACACACCCACACACAGACACACACCAAACGUUCUUAGGUUAGACUAAUAUGCGUAAGUCCAUCAUUGUCAUCCGCAUUUCUGCGAAUCUAGUAUCAUUUUAUCACACUAUUAGGCGACGAACAUUGUAUCCCGAAUUUCGAGAUCGCGGCUGGACUAAUAUGAUGUUUCAAAAUGAAACAAAUAAGUAAAAGCAAUUCUGAGAGUUGUUAGAUGAAUAAAAUAUUAUAGCAGCAAAAGGUUUUUCUUACGUAAUUAAAAGUCUUAGGUUUCCCGCUUUUUUUUUAUUGCUUUCGUCAAACGGAAAUAAGACUCGGAAAGAAUUCACUUCCGGCAACAAUCAGGACUCUCAGAAAAAGAUCUUGCAGUAAAUAUUUCUACGUAUCAGAUUGGAAGACCAAUAAAACUGCGGGAAAAGUUUCUUUUAACACUUUGGAAACUUGUAAAAUCAAGUAAUAUAUUAAUUGACACUCAAAGACGAGGAUUAAAGUGUAUUUUGGCUUUUCUUCAAAAUAAAAUUACAAAUUUUUCUAUUCGCUAUUACUUUUCAAGUUAAAUGAACAAUGACAAGAUUCUAAUCGACAUAUCUUUAGUUAGCAUCAGUGUCUGAGAGUAGGUGAAAUUCGAUAAAUUGAAAAUCUUGGUCCAGCUGUCCUUUGCGAAAUUCGUGGAAGACAUUGACGGAUGUAGCGACAUGAUGUAACAAUUGCAGACACAUACAAAGGAUACAGUCAGUUAUCAUAUACACAACACAUACGUUAAUUCUUCUCUAACUCCAGUAUCGUGUUCGCACCGAUAAACUUCCAAUGGCGCAAGAGUAUAUAAUAUGUCCUAGCCCAAUAUAACAGAAAGAUCAAUAAGAGUCCAAUGCUGUUAAAAAGCGGUGUAGACAUACCAAGCACGUCAUUUUUAAGUAAAUUGUGUGAACGAGACAAAACCAAUGUAAUUUAUUUCGAUACGUGCGAGGGGUUGGGAUUUGUUACAGAGUAUGGCGCUGGACUCUGAUAGAUCCAGUCGACUCUGUUUCCCAUAUACGUUACAUUAUUUUACUAGACGAGUUUGAAGCAGCUAGCAGGAGGAUCAAAGUAAGAAGAAAGCAUAUUAAUGUGUCAUCUCUCGACAUUCAUUCCACUUUGAUGAAAGAUAAUAGAAGACGGGUUACAGGCGUUUUACCCCACGGCGACGUUUUUACGUCUCAUGUGUUUAUUAAACAUGUACCAAGAGACGACCGUGCGAUUGGUAGUGGUCUGUACACCUAUUUUGUACAUAUAACGAUACAAUAAAAAAUUUCACAUAACUUUUAA